CUUCAGUCCCGUUUACCUCGUCAUUCGUUUGGCUGUCUAGACUUGUCAAACCCUUCAGUAAAACCUCAGCAACUCACCGGAUUACAGAAAGUCAAACCCAGAAAUCUAUUCUCAGUCACAUCACAAACACCGAAAAUCUUUCCCGCUGAGAGCCUCUCGCCGUUUGGCUUCCUCGCAGACGACAUCCACAGCGUUCCAUCUUGUUCAGUCCACAAAACCACCACUGUUUGUCUCUGUGCCUAAGAUCCAUAAAGAUCUGAUCACCAGCUCACAGAAUUCCAAGUUCCAACAACGCCCUCAACCAUUGUCACCUUCGUCUCACGAUCUCCAACUCACACAUAUCUCAAAAAGCAAUACGGCCUUGACGAACUCAAGAUGUCGCAAGACGAGCUCGAGGUGCCGCAACCAAGGGCCACAACCCCCGCCGACGAAUACCACUGGUACCUUCUCUACCAGCUGAUCCGCGGCCUAGAGUGGCUCAAGCUGAAGGUUGUUCAAAGCGACGACGAUGAGGGUUCGCUCGUGCAGCAGCUGUCAGCCAAAACAAAAGAACGCCUGAAAGAAACCUUGGACAACGAAAUCGAAGAGGCCAACACCGACAACCUCCUCUACGCAGAAAACAUGAAGUACGAAGACCGGGUUAAAAACUUCCCGCAGGAGUCCUAUUCGCAUGACCUCCGCCUGGGCAAGUUCCGGCAGCAGGAAGGCUAUGACGAGCGGCUGGAUAGAUUCCGGCGCGAGUGGACGGAGGAGGCGGCUCUGGAGAGAAUCGCGGAGUUGUUUGGGGUGUGGAGCGAUGUGAGGAAGAAGCUGGGGCUUCAUGAGGAGGAGAGGGAUAUGGUUGCUGUUAGGGAGCAUAUGCUGAAGACGGUGGCGGAUAGACAGGCUGCUAGGUUUAAGCCGACUUAUUCGCUUUAUCCAAAGGUGCCGGAGGAGAAAGUGAUAGAGAAGAGAUCAUCACCAAAGUAACCACAUCGUACAUAUGAGAGAGGGGCGUGCCACUACUAGUACUAGUAGCAGCGGCAUCAAGUGGCGGGCCCUAGAGAGCUGGGACUUGCGAAGGAAGAGACAACUUAGCUUUUCGUUGGUCAAAGGACGUUUGGGUAGUGGUGGGGGAUCUUGAUGGAAAUUGGUCAAACCGAUGAUAGCAAGAACAAGUGUAACUCAAACAAAUAAACCCCUUUUUAAACCCCAAAAAUUAAAAAGGAAAAUCCCAAACCUUUAUUUCCAAUAUCUUCAACCAUUCCCCAACUUGAUAGUUGGAACAAAAAGCUAAGUCGCCCAGGUAGGUUUGUAGAACGAACAACAAUACCCCAGCUGCAGACCUACGAAAACUGCCGCGCUAAGUUAU